GGAGGGGGCGGACUAGGGACGAGGACAAGGGCUAAGGGCUAAUGUCUUUGGAGAAAGGGGUUCCGUUUGGACAUCCGCUCUGGGACAUGAGGGAGUGGCUGGGUAAGCCGCAAAGGGCGGCGAGGGGGCGCGACAGGGCCCGCGGCCAGGGCGCCCGAGGCCAGGCGCGGACCCGCGGGCGGUCGCAACUGGAGCCUGGAAGCAGAGGGCCGCAGACGAUGCGAGAAAAAUUGUGGAUGCCCUGGAACGGGCUCAUUGUGAUCGGGAAGAGAAUGGAGCUCCUGGGUAGAAACACGCAAAAGCCUAGGAUGUGGGACCCGAAGCUUGAGUCUGAGGACUGGAGACUGGAAGAUGUGGAAAAGGCAGUCUUGAGAGGAAAGUCAGGCCGGAGUCAGGAAAGGAUGGAUGUGAAACGAGUGCGCAGUGUAGCAAGUGCAGUACAGGCUUCCGCGGGUUUGCGGAAAGACAACUCCAAGGAGGUGUGGGGAAAGCAAGAAGUCAGACACGAAAUAGGGGCUGAAUCUGAGAAUGCAGGGACUACAGCGGGGUCUAGGGGGGGACCUGGGUUUAAAGAGAGGUUCAAGUUUACUGGAGUGGGAACCAGUGGAGAGGACUCGAGAUCCAGAGGAUACGAACUAGGGCAGAAUGCGGAGGAGCUGAGGUCAAGUGGAGAGAAGCUGAGGUCAGGUGGAGAGAAGCUGAGGUCGAGUGGAGAGAAGCUGAGGUUGAGUGGAGAGAAGCUGGUGUUCAGCGGGGAAAGGCGGGGAUCCAGGGGAGAGAAGCUGGGGACUAGUGGAGAGAAAUUGGAGGGUUCAAGAAUGGGGAGCAUAAAUGAAGAGAAAAUUGAAAGAGUGAAAGUUACUGGUGAUGAAAGAUUGAUAGAAAUUACUGAUGCUGAGAUGGACAUUCCUUUUGAAAAGGUAGAGGAGAACAAUGAAGAGAUUGAGGAAGGGGUGGGGGUUGAGGAGGAUGUCUUGGAUGAAGUGAAUUAUAAUACUGAUUAAUCCAUUUCUAUGGAAGAGAGAUUAUAGACAAAGGUACCAGUGAAUGAGGCAGAUGAAGGAUUUAAGGUAAAGAAGGAAAGAGAAGCAGAUAGGGGAAGUAUUGCAAGUCAGAGAGGAGAAAUUAGAGACAAGCAGAACGUUACUGACCCUGAAGGGGUAAAUAUGAGAGGGAAAGGAGAGCAUCUUUGCCUAAGAGAAGAGAGAGUGGGAAUGAAGAGCUCCUGGGGAUGAAGGCGGAGACCAGGACCAAAGGAAGUGAAGAAGAGUGAUAAAGAAGGAAAUGGAACAUUUUGAGAAGAAAGAGAAGAUUCGUUAAUGUGUUGAUAGGUAGAGGAAGAGUGGACAUUGGUUUCUUGGAAAAGAACUGUGACUGAGGAGCUUAUAGAGAAAUGUUUGAGAAAUGGAUUUAGGAUAGGCUAGAAGGAUUUAGCUUAACACAUGAUUGGGUUUAUGAGAUGUAGGAGAAUGCAUAGUGAGAAAAAUGGAAAGGUACAGCAGGGUAAGGAUAGGUCAUGGAGGUUGUGGACAGAGAUGCAGGCUGGAGUGCAGUUUCUGAGAGAGGAUCCUAAAGAAUAAUGAAGGGCUCCAAAGUGACAAAGGCAAGAGCAGAGAUAAGAAAAAAAAGAAGUGAAGAAAAAAACCUCAUUUUGGUCAACCACAUCAUCUAAUAGCUUCCAAAGAAAGUAACCACGGGAGGUCUCUGCCUUCCCAAGACCAUCCACUGCUGGCCUCCUCUGGUGAUUAUCUGAGUACCGAGAAAUUGUUGCCUUUCUCAUAAGAAGCCUGCACAGGCACCAGGUCAAGACGAGCAGUUUUCGGUUGUGUGGGUCUGUCUCUCAGAUUGCGCCUCGCUGUAUAUAAAUUGUGAGCCAAAUAAUCAGACUUGUUCUUUGGCUGGAUUACAUUUUCUCCUGGAAUAUCAGAUGCAUUCCACCAAGACCACAGGAAGAAAAAGUGAAGAUCAAGAAGCUGUGACGCCGCUUUGUAAGCACAGAUAUUUUCAAUCAUCUGGGUAGUUACAACUUUACAUUCUAUAUAAAAUAUCCUUUUUUACUAAGCUUAACCGAAAUGCACACAUCACAGGCAAUUGAGAGUUCCUGAGUGAGUUUAUGUAUCUUUAUUAUUGUUUCUUUGCAUAUUCCCAAAGAUCCCUGUUUCUAACAACAGGUUGUAUUAAAAGUGACAUCAUUGUUUGGCUUUUGUUCAA